CGGCGGGAAAAGCUCAGAAAUAUACCAAAAUCCCCUCUUUCGCUGCUCUAUCAUGGCAGAGACUACAUUCGUUCUUCCGGGGGACCCUCUGGACCCUGAAUCCUUACCCUCUCACCCAACACUGCCCUUAAAACUUGGCCCAGGACUCCGUCACAUCCCGCCAAAUACCAUCGUCCCAACUGUUGCCGGCCAACUAUACACCGACAAGAGAAAGAAUGCUGUAUGGGUUGAGUACAACACUGGCCGAUAUAUUCCUACAGUCGGCGAUCUCGUCAUAGCCACCAUCCACCACGCCGCCUCAGAUGUUUUCUAUGCCAGCUUGAGCGAUUACACACCCAAUGCCUCGCUCCCAUUACUCUCCUUCGAAAGCGCCACCAAGAAGACUCGUCCCCAACUGCCGGCCGGUGCACUGGUCUAUGCCCGCGUCACGCUGGCGAACAAGCAUAUGGAUCCAGAGCUGGAGUGUGUUUCAUCCUCUACCGGGAAGAGUGAGGGCUUGGGACCUUUGACGGGUGGAAUGGUAUUCAACGUAUCGUUGGGUAUGGCAAGGAGGCUGAUGUUACCGAAGCCGAAGGAGCAGGGGGGGCUGGUGUUACUGGAGGAAUUGGGAAAUCAAGGGGUGUCUUUUGAGAUUGCGGUAGGUCGGAACGGGAAGGUUUGGGUGGAUAGUGCGAAGGUGGGGACGACAUUGAAGAUUGGGAAGGCGAUUCAAGAGACUGAUGAGAAAGCGCUGAGGGUGGAGGAUCAGAAGAAGCUGGCAAGGAAGUUGGCUAGGGAUAUUUAA